CGCGAAGGUGGAAGAGUAUUAUGGUUUGAAGUUUCAUUUUUGAGAUAUAAGUAUGGAUGGCAAAUCUAUUUUACUUCUUACUUUUUUUACGAGUUUUAGCAAUAUCUGUGUUACAUCUGAGAAAAACAUCUAUAUCUUCAAUUCAACUCUUAACCAUAACACCUUGGACUGUUUCAAAAAUUCAAGUGUUUAUUGCAGGGAUUUGGACUAUGUUCUCGGAAUAAUUUCCAACACAUCGGAACACAAAUAUCGAAGAUCGAUAAAAAUUCACGUGCUCGGAGAACAAUUACUGCAGAAAAAUCAUAACCUUACAGAUUUACACAACUUUGUAUUGAGUGGGUAUGCAGAUUCUGUAAUCAGAUGUACGUCACGUAAAGGGUUGAUAAUUUUAUCAAGUGAAGAUAUCGGGAUUGCAAACUUGACAUUCUUAAACUGUGGCUCAAAACAAGCGUCUCAAAAUAAGAAUACCAUAUUUUUUUUGGCUGGGUUAUUCUUUUCAAAUAUCACCGAUAUAACUGUAACUGGUUGCAUGAUUACAAACAGUACUGGUAUUGGCAUGGCACUAUUAAAUGUUGGUGGUCAUGUGAAUUUCAUCCAUACACAUUUUACUGGAAAUAAAAACAACUCAAUGAAUGGUAGUAAGAUUCAUCAUGGGCUUGCAUAUGUUGGAGGUGGACUAAUAGUUGAAUUUAACAGUACAAAUGCUCAGCAUUCAAGUAAUAACAAAUAUUAUUUGUAUAAUUGUACUUUUAUCAACAAUGGUUGCACAUGGAAUGCAAAAAAUGUAACAGAUCCAACAGAGGCUGAUAAUAAACAUGUUAUCUUUGGAUGUGGUGGUGGUAUGGCUAUGGCAUUUAAAGGAAAAUCUAAAAAUAACACUGUUCAUAUGGAAAAGUGUAAAUUUCUAAACAAUUUAGCAGACUGGGGUGGUGGAUAUUAUUUCCUAUUUGAAGAUAAAGCUAAUAGCAAUUUUGUUUUGAUGAAGCAUGUGACAAUAAAGUUCAACCAUGGUGUCUUGUCUGGAGGUGGUGGUAGAUUUUUCUUUAAUCCAUGUUUCAAUCUGACAGAAAUGACAUAUUUGCAACCAAACUAUUUCAUGCAAGAAAACUGCUAUUAUUUUAAUAAUUAUGCAGGUUGGGGUGGUGGAGUAUCUGUAUUUGGAUCCAGCCUAUCUAGCACAACUUUAUCUUUCAUUGACAGUCAUUGGGUUCAAAACAAAGCUCUAGUUGGAACUGCAUUGGGAUUUUUGUCAGGCUUGAAUACACAGCAAGGAUGGCUGAACAAGCAAUUAUCUUGUGGUGGGAUGCCAUACAAAGUUGAACUUCUAAAUUGUGAGUUUAAAUGCAAUAGCAUCACAGACAAAGGAAGUUCUGAAAACUUUAUUGUUGGCACUGGAACAAUUUAUGUUGAAGAAGCAGCGAUUAACAUGGAAAAUGUGUCUUUGUCUUUUAACAAGGGGACUCCUUUAGUACUAGACUUGAGUGAUGUUUCUAUUUCUGGCAAUGUCAGUUUCCAUAACAACAGUGGUUAUGAAGGAGGGGCAAUAGCCCUCUAUGGAAGAUCAAAAAUCAUUCUUAAAAAGGAUUCAACCCUUAACUUUACGUCAAAUUCAGCUUUUUUGAGAGGGGGUGCAAUCUAUGCAUAUUCCCAGGGACCAAAUCUUAAGGCAUUUCAUGCCAACCUGCUCGACAGAUCUACCUGCUUUUUCACUUAUGAACUUAACAAGCCUCCAAAUGACUGGUCUGCAACAGUCAUAUUUGAGGACAACAUGGCACCAGACAAAUCGGGUAAAUCAAUAUAUUGUGAUACCUUGCAGUUUUGUAGAGUUUAUGGAAGCAUAUCUAAAGCUUUGGAAUGGAAACCUUUUAUUUAUGUCAAUAGCAAAGUUGGUGAACCAGAAAUAGUUACAGAUCCUGUUGAGAUUUAUACUUUCAAUUACAAUUGGGUUGGAUUUCCAGGACAAAAGCUUACCCCAAAAGUGACAUUGAAGGAUGAAAAAGGUCAACCAACAAAUGGACUGCUAAAAAUGUCAUUGUCUAAUUCAGAAACAGGUGUAAAUCUGGGGGAACAGGUUUCUGAAUACAUCUAUAUUUCUGAUGAUAAAAGUUCGGUUCCAAUCAACUUUGUCAGCAACAAUUUGAAAGAAGAAUUUAAUUUGACGCUAAGUUCGGUUUACACACAAAUCAUUAAAACCACUGUUUGA